AUGUUCGUGUUGGAAACGAUGAAAUUUUAUAAAAACCAUUACUUCAAAGAGUAUUACCAAGAAGGAAUCCCGAAGCUCCCCGCGCGUUCUUUGUCUAUUCCAAAUUUUAAUAAAGGAGAAGAGUGGACUCCAUACUAUACGAACGACAUCAUUAGGCCCGAGGUAAUGCUACAGAGGGAUGAUGAUCUAGUGUUCAAUAAGAACUGUGAGAUCUCUCGAAACAGCUCACGAAUACUCGCGCAAAAUGACAUUGAGAAUCAAAGAGAUUAUCGUGGAAAGCAUAAGAAUAACGAGGUUUUAAAGACUCGCAACAUUAACGACAAUAAAUCGAUGCCCACGGAAUUUAUCAAUGAUCAAAAAAAUGUAAAAGUUGUUCGUAAUCGAAUUUCAAAGGAAAACAUCGAAAACAAUGACGAAAAGACGAU